AUGAGCGCAAUAUCAUUGGAUGCCCAGGGGCGUGUCCGAAGCGUCGAACUACCAUCCGACACCGUCUUGCCUGCGGAGAAAACCAGCUAUGAUUCCAAUGAGCACCCCAAUCUUGAGGACCUUGUUGACGUUUCAGAGCCAAUAAAGAGCACACUGGCAUUUUCAACGCAGACUGGAGAAAACGGCGUUGUCAUGCAUCGACAUGGAGGUUCCUCUGUGCACCGUUUUCUAUACACCGUUCCCCAUCUAUUCACCUUGACGGAGGAGCAAAUUACAGGCCUCAACGUCAUGGUGCGUGAGUACAGUGAGCUGGACAUUAUUGCCCAGGAGGGGACAAUGCUUUCGCACGUCUUUGUGCUGGCGUCUGGCGGCGUCGAGGUGAUCAACACAA